ACCGGGGGGGACCAGGACGCGCCGCCGACCAGACCAGUUGGCCGGCCGCGCUCUCAGAGAGAGGUUCCGCGUGCGCCCGUGUGUGUGUGUUUGUGUGUGUGGCGUGUGUGUGGCGGUCGUGUCGGUGUGUGUGUGCGCGCGCGCGUAUGUAUGUGUGAGUGAGUGUCAGUGCGUGAGUGUCCGCGCACAGCCCCGCCGCCGCGUUGCAGCCCCCGCGGGGUCCGCCGCCGCGCGCCCUAACCGCUGAGAGACAUGUGGAUAAGCGCCGGGCCGUGCCACAGCUGUCCGCUGGUCGCUGGCCGGGGGUGUUAUGAGACCACCAACACUCCACGAUGUAGAUGAGCAGCCAAUUGCCGCGCUGCGGACUCUUUUUCGAUAUGGCUUCAAAGCGGAAGUCCCCUCCGACCAAGCUGCGGGAGCUGGUGGACUUGGUCCCGCUUUGUGAAUCUGGCGGUCUGAUCGAACAGGAAGUUGACGUCGAUCACCAUGACAUUCCCACGAAAAGAAAAUGCUCUGCAGCAGAUGAGGAGAGCUCCCUGCCGUCCCCGGGCCUCAACCACAACAACAACAACAACUCGAUCAACAACAACAACCUCCACAGCAAGAGGAGCAUGGACCACGUCCUGAAGCGGCUCACGUUCAAGAUGAUGCGGGACGAGGCGGUGGUGGGCGACCACCACAUAUCGGCGGGGUGCCCUCCUGAGGAGCCAGCGGACGACAGCGCUGCCUCGAUCCAGCUGCGGGGGGAGCAUCAGCUGGCGGUGAUGCUUCGGCAGCUUCAGGAGCAGCUCCACGUCCAGGCCGACGCCGCCGCGAGUGCCGCAUGCCAGAAGGCGUCGCCGCUCGCGUUCCUCCCGCUGCUGGAGAGUCUCCGCGGCGCCGGGCCCCGCGGCGCUCCGGCGGGCCGCUCUUCCGGCCUCUCUCCGACUUCCGGUGCCGCCGCUGCCCCCGGGCCGCCCACCCCCAGCAGCUCUGCGCGCUGGAGCUCGCCCCCGCCGCCGCCCCCGGGCCCGCCGCCGCCGCCGCCUGCCGGGCCCUCGCCGCCGCCCCCGCUGCACGGCCGGUCCCCGGCCUCCCCCGCCGCCAUGGAGCGCGCGGUGACUCCCGUCCAGGACGGCGCCGGCGACGCGACGAGCGAGGCGCCGCUCAACCUCAGCAAGCCCAAGAGCGUCCGCAGCGCCAGCCCCGCCCUGCCAGCCCCGGCCGCGCUGCCCCAGUCCCCCGUGCCCCCGCCGCCGCCACCUGCCCCCGCGCUGCCCCGCACCUUCCUCGGCUACCCCGCCGGCCUGCCGGGGCUCCCCUCCGGCCUGCCCGCCCUCGCGCACCUGGGACUGCCAGCUUCGGGCAAAAUGUCCGGGCUCACCUCCGCGCUACCCUCGGGGCUGCCGCUGCGCGCGCUGUACGGUCUGGGCACCGCCCCCGCGCCCGUGGCUGCCCCCACCGUGCCGCCUGCCGCCCCCCGGCCCGCCCCCGAGCGGGACGACGCCGGCGGCUGGGCGGACGAUGCCGUGGCCGGCGCAGCCGGCACAGCGCGCUCGAAGCGCGACGCCGAGCCGCACAUCAAGCGGCCCAUGAACGCCUUCAUGGUCUGGGCCAAGGACGAGCGGCGCAAGAUACUCAAGGCCUGCCCGGACAUGCACAACUCAAACAUAUCCAAAAUUCUAGGCGCCCGAUGGAAGGCCAUGACCAACACGGAGAAGCAGCCGUACUACGAGGAGCAGUCGCGCCUCAGCAAGGACCACAUGGAGAAGCACCCCGAGUACCGCUACCGGCCCAGGCCCAAGCGCACCUGCGUCGUGGACGGCAAGAAGAUGCGCAUCUCCGAGUACAAGACGCUCAUGCGCCAGCGGCGCAACGAGAUGCGCCAGCUCUGGUGCCGCGACGGCUCGAUAGCGGACUUCCUGCAGCACCCUAACGGGUCGGCGAUGAGCCUGCCACCGCCCCAGCCCAGCAGCGGUGCGCCAGCGCCACACUGCUCAGACUAGACGGUCGAAUCUUAUUUAAAAUUGUGUAUCUGUGAUAGUCCUGGUUGUUGUUUUUUGUUGGAUUUUUUAAAACUGGAAAAAGUUUUUUUUUUCUUUUUUCAAAAGUAUGUUUUGUUGUAUGGAGGUGGAAUAUAAGUUCCAUCCAUCUGUGCCAAAGCCUUUCAUUGGGGUCCUCUGUGGCGCAUGAUUUUUGAGGUUAUGGUUAGGCUGGCCUGCCGAAGGCGGUUGCCGGUGGAAAAGAGUUUCCGAGUCUGGCUUUGGCACAGUGGGGUCCUGUAAAGGGGAUAUGCCCUCCUGCCCCCAGCAAAAGUGCGUAAACUGUCUCCUCUGUUUCCAUCGCGUUGUGUUUUUACUCAUAUCCAUUACUCUACAGAGAUCUUCAUAAUUAUUAUCUCACUAAAUAUCGUUGCUUAGCCCUUAAGCUAUUUAUAUCUCCAUUAAGGUUUUUGUUGGUGAUUAGUAUGUACUUAUAGUGCCAUAUCGGUCCGCUUGGCGUGUUCCUGUGAUACAAACUGAGCACCCGCGCGCGUUCACUCACUGCCCACUUGCUCAUUCAUCAUCUUUAUAUUUGAUGUACAAAUAUUUAUUACUAUAAUAUAUAAAUGUGUCUCCUUA